UUGUAUUCGGUAAUUGAAGUACUUGGGGACUCUCGCAUUCUGAGAUGUGACACAGGGCUACACCAAACAUGGAAUGACUACAUCACAAAGCCUGAUAAAUGAGCCACAAGAGAGGUCUGAUGCCAUGGGCGUGAGACUUUAGAUGGCUGGACCUGGGGAUGGUUACUCUCAAGACCCCUGGAGUUGCAGCAGUGCCGUGAAUGCAAAUUGUCCCAGAAGGGAGCAGUUAGGAGCCAUUCCAGACUUCUGCUAAUGGAGAACCAGCAUGCAGCACACUCACCGACGCAGCCUGACUUUACUUUGAGGGGGCCGGACAGAAGGCCCAUAUGGGGAAAGUAAUUCAUGCUUGAAGAAAGGGGGCUUUUUUUUUCCACUAGCGAGGGAGUUUGUGCGCCGGCCACGAUGAGAAGGAUUCACCUAAAGGGAGACGUGGUUUGUACCCUCGUCCUGUUGGCACUGUUCUGUCUCUUGUUGUACGCCCACCACAGUCUCACACCCUUUUGGGAGAGCUGGCAGUUGGAGCAGGGUGCACCGAGCUCGCGCUCUCUUCUAGGGGCUCCGUUGGAUAGCCAAGGCACAGGGCCGGCCCUGACCAAGCCUCCAGACUUACCACGGUGCAGGCCAGAGUCGCAGGUCAGCUCCGUGCCAAUGAAGACGGCGCUGAAAGCCAAGGCUCAGUCCAAAAACAAGGCUCAGUCCAAAACCAAAAAAAAGCCCAAAGGUGGGUCAAGGAAACCUGUGCCUACUGUGGCCAAGACUGCAGUGGGGCCGACCCUUGCCCCCUUCGACUUCGAGGACUACCUCCGCAAGAAGGACAACCGGGAUUUCAGGAUGACGAUCGAUCAGCCAGACAAAUGCAGAGGCCCAGAUGGAGCUCCUUAUCUACUCAUAGUUGUGAAGUCGGUGGCUGCGGACUUUGACAAGAGGCAGGUGGUGCGUCGCACCUGGGGCCGAGAGGGCGUCGUCCAGGAAGGGGUCGACAUCAAGACGGUCUUCCUGCUGGGAGUGCCCAGGAAUCGCACCUCGCUGCCGCUGUGGGACAGGCUCCUGGCGUACGAGAGCGCCACCUUCAGGGACAUCCUCCUCUGGGACUUUGAGGACACCUUCUUCAACCUCACCCUCAAGGAGACCCACUUCCUGCAGUGGGUGAACCACAGCUGCGCGGGGGUCAAGUUCAUCUUCAAGGGCGACGCUGACGUCUACGUGAACGUGGAGAACAUCCUGGAGAUGUUGCGCGGGGUCGACGCCCACAAGGACCUCUUCGUGGGCGACAUCAUCGUCCGGGCGCGACCCAUACGCCGGCGCAGCAGCAAGUACUACGUGCCCGAGUUCGUGUACGGGCAGGGCGUGUACCCGUCAUACGCCGGCGGCGGCGGCUUCGUCAUGUCGGGCCACACGGCGCUCCGGCUGAACCGCGCGUGCCAGGAGGUGGAGCUGUUCCCCAUCGACGACGUGUUCCUGGGCAUGUGCCUGCAGCGCAUCGGCCUGCAGCCCGCGCGGCACGAGGGCUUCCGCACGUUCGGCAUCGUGCGCUCCUCGGCCGCGCCGCACCUGCAGGUGUUCGACCCCUGCUUCUACCGCGAGCUGAUGGUGGUGCACAGCCUGACGGUGCCGCAGAUCUGGCUCAUGUACAAUCUGCUGCACGACCCCCACCUCUCCUGUCACACCAACCGCACGCCCACGUCGUGGCCCUUCAAGUGGAGAGAUAAGAUCCCCAGUGCCACUAAAGGGCCAGCUGACCCAGGGGAGGAGGACUAUGGGCAGAAAGUAUUUGUGAAACAUUGAGUGUGUAGAGGCACGGGCCAUGCACAUCCCAGGCCUAAGUUGGAUGGGUGCAGGAUCCAGUAUGAGCGUAUCAUAAGAGGAUAAGAGAAUUAUUCACACACCAGAGGUCUGAAGAGCCGCAGGCUCAAAAUGUAAAAAAAAAAAAAAUAUGAAUGGGAGCCAUCUGGUGUGUAAAUAAUCUCUUAUCCGCUUGUGAACACUGAGCUUGUGACUAUACUGUGAAUGUGUCGAUACGAUAAAAGUGGUUUAAAACCUAAUAUGGAUCAUAAAUUAUAUUGUUUUCACUCAAAUCACCUUUUAAAAAAAUAUUUUGUUCAUUAUGUACGCAUGUUUGUAUGUCAUAUGUCAUGUGCUGGUUUGUGCACAUAAGUUCUUGUGAGGUGGUGGAGGCAAGAUUGAAUUCAACAGUUUUGUGAACUCGUGCCCUCGAGUAAAAUCAAGGGUUUGAAGGUUUGCUCUGCCCAUUUGCAGCAUCAGACAAGAUGGCGGCAGGGAUUUCCCCAAGAGAGUGGAAAUGUUUUUCAUUUCCCAGAAGAAUGGACAUUUGGAGUGGAAGGCACUCAAAGAGCUUUAAAGACUCCAUGAUGAGUGUUUGGAUUCACAAAAACCUUGUGAAUCUAGUUUACUUUGUUUGCACAAAUUCAGACUUGGAAACACUUGAAGGUACUGUUGCCUUGAAAUAAUGACUGUUUUCUUUGCAAUCUUUGUGCUAUCAGAUGAAGUUUGUUACGUCAAGUCAAACAGCUAUGAGUGCCAUGUUGUCCCAGGCAGACUUGUAGAUCAGAGGCAGUGACCUAACGCCAAAAUGUAAAUAACCUCAGAAGUGACCAACAUUCCAGAUGCAUGAAACCUGCUGUUAGAAUGAUGACCUUUGAAAAUGUAUCAGUAUUACCUCUGAAUAGUCUGCUGUAUGUAAAGUCUAUUGACAAUAGAAAUGUUAAAUUCAGAAUUUGAAAACACUGAAAGGGUUCCUGGAGAGUCACAUGCAUGUAAAACUUGUUCUUUUGAAAAGAAGAAAAAACAUGAAAGGA